AUGGGUCCCCGAAAGUCGCAGGUCGUGUACAUCUGGACGUGCUCUCGCGGAGGCCAGAACGUACCGUUUUGGGCACAAGGUAACCCAAAUAUUGGUCUCCCUCGAGACACGGACGAUAUUCUUUCGCGGUUCCUCGGCGAGGUAUUCGAUGAUGCAGGCCCUUUUCUAUACCAAGCUGUACCAAUCAGAGAAUUUUGUUUGCCAGCGGACAUAUCGAUACUAGCGGCUGGCAAUGAUACACGCCUUCAACGGAAAAUGGCGCUGCUCGAUGAACGAAAUGAUGAGGGUCUAAGAAAAGACGCCAGAGGAACGUGUCGCAGGAGCCUACACGAUGGAGCUCUUAGUGCCAGCGACCUUUAUGAAUCUUUACGCAAGAAGAGAUAUAAUGAGUCCUAUCACUCCGCCACAGGUACAGCCAUCUCCACCUCAUCGAACAACCGCAGAAACACUCAUGAAGCAGACGCGGAUCGGCGCUUGAUAUAUGUUACAGACAUUGAUAGCUGGUGCAUGCUCGCUAUAAUUUCUACUGUGCCUAGUCUCCAAGCUGCUUUCCUACGAGACUUCGUAUAUCGGCACAUAGAGUUCAAAACACACGUUGGCAUCCAAGUCCCCACGAGCGGAUUCCAAAACUUCGCAUUAGAAUUUCACCUUCCUUUUUACGCGUGCAAGAAGGGCCCGGACCUUGUCAAAGAUCAACGUCUCAAGACUAACCAGAAGCCCUUAAGGCGGACAGGUGAUCUGCAAUUCCUUAAGCUCGCCCCAUUUCAAACCGAUGCGUCCGGUCUGGACGAUUGUAUAUACGAAGCACAGAUAUCCGUGCUCGUGACAGGAGUAGAUCACUGGUCCUGGACAGCUUUCGCCUUUGUCGAUACUUAUUACAAGGGUCCUGAAAACCAAGAAAGCGUGGAACACUAUCUCGAACAAGUGCAGUAUGGGGCCAGACUUGAUCCGCUGACAGAAGGCCAGUACUACGGCGAGCCUCCUGUGUGGAGGCCACGAGAGUACUUCCUCAGAGUCUUGGAGUCCAGGGUGAAGCAAGUCAAACGAGAAUGGCACAACACAGUCUUCCGUAUUCUGCAGAGGAUUGAACCGCAAACUCAUGACGACUUACUUUCAGAGCCAGAGCACCGCCAAGGCCAUGUGCUGGACAGGGGCACACAGAUCUUUUUCGACAAGACAAUACGACUCUUGCAACAGAUGUCAUACCUGAUAUCGCUAACGGUCGAUGCAUGGAUGCGGUUCAUGAAUGUCGAGCUGGCCUAUUUCACCAAUCUGGAGAACCUUCCAGGGAAACAACGAACGCCGAUCAUGCUGAUAUCUGAGAUCAAUAAAGAAGUUGAAGAUUUGCUCGUGCUCCGGAAGAACCUUGAUCAUCAGCGAGACCUUCUGUACGGUCUCUCACAAAAGCUAGAGAAGGGCCUCCAGCUCGACAACAAUGCAAUUGCAGCACUGCAACAGAAGAAUGCCGUGCUAAUAACUGCUCUCACUAUUUCUGCCUCAAAAAAUGUUACAUAA